CUACUACUGUUGUAUGUAUUUGGGGCUUUGGGCAUUCCACCUCUAACCUAGUCUAGACUAGUACGAAUCCGUGUGCAUACAGUAGUAGAUGGACAGGUCCAACUGUAUUUCUCUCUUCAAAAGCGAGAGAAGUGGUCAAUGCGCUCUCAAGCCCUCGCCCUCUCGCUCCAAGGGCUUAGCUCGCCUAUUUGGGGUUAGAGUCCACAAAAUCUGGUUCUUGUCUGGCAACUGCGAGGCGGCCAAAUUUGCAAACCUGCAAACGGCGGCAGUCACGGGUUUUGGCUUAGGUCUGGCUUUUGGCUCUCUCCUCUGAAGCGACUUCACCAAUUUCGAGCCCCUCUCGAUUUUUUGUCUCCUCCAUCCAGCGACAAUACUAACCGACCAUCACCACAGCAGUCAUCGAGAGUCAAGAUGGUCAACUUGCGAACUCAGAAGCGCCUGGCCGCCUCGGUCAUUGGCUGCGGCAAGAACAAGAUCUGGCUCGACCCCAACGAGGUCUCCGAGAUCUCCAAUGCCAACUCCCGCCAGACCAUCCGCAAGUUGGUCAAGGAUGGCCUGAUCAUCCAGAAGCCCGUCACCAUGCACUCGAGAUCCCGUGCCCGUGAGCUCAACCUCGCCCGCCGCGACGGUCGCCACCGAGGCUUCGGUAAGAGAAAGGGUACUGCCGAUGCUCGUAUGCCUUCCCAGGUCCUCUGGAUGCGCCGCCUCCGUGUCCUCCGCCGCCUUCUCGUCAAGUACCGUGCCUCCGGAAAGAUCGACAAGCACCUCUACCACGAGCUGUACCACUCCAGCAAGGGUAACACCUUCAAGCACAAGAGAGCUUUGGUCGAGCACAUUCACCGUGCCAAGGCUGAGAAGGCUCGUGAGCAAUCUCUCAGGAGCGAGAUGGACGCCAAGCGUGCCAAGACCAAGGCUGCCCGUGAGCGCAAGCUGGAGAGAGUCGCCGCCAAGCGGGAAGCUCUGUUGGCUGGCACUGAGGAGGAGAAGUAAAGGGUAGAUCACGAACAAACAAAUAUCAUGUCAUGGUCAUCAAUACAUGGAUCUACGGAUACCCUAAGCGAGACGUAAAACGGUCUGGUAUCUGAGGACGGCUGCAUUCGGAGUCAUAUGGUUUGGGUCACCUGAUUUUCCCUCUGAUCAAGAGGUUCGCGGCAAUCGAUCGUACUUAAUACGAAUCAAGUCACGAGCUUUUUGCAUGUAGCAUGAGAAAACGUAUGCAUUUCACGCGCCCUUUUUGGUCGAUGCUGUCGAAUACAUCAUGUGAUACACGUUGCCAAUGAAACCCAGUUAUAAUUG